AAGACUGUAAAUCCGCUCGAGAAAAUGGCAGAAACCGCUCCAGCCCCGGCUGCUGCCGCCCCGCCGGCCAAAGCGCCAAAGAAGAAGUCCGCUGCCAAAGCCAAGAAAGCAGGUCCAGGCGUCGGUGACCUGAUCAUCAAAGCCGUGUCCGCGUCUAAGGAGAGGAGCGGCGUGUCCCUCGCCGCCCUGAAGAAAGCUCUCGCCGCCGGCGGCUACGACGUGGAGAAGAACAACUCCCGCGUCAAGCUCGCCAUCAAGAGCCUGGUGACUAAAGGAGCCCUGGUGCAGGUCAAAGGAACAGGCGCCUCCGGCUCCUUCAAGGUCAGCAAGAAGCAAACCGAGCCAAGAAAAAAACCGACGAAGAAAGCGGCUCCUAAAGCGAAGAAGCCCGCGGCCAAGAAACCCGCUGCUGCCAAGAAGCCCAAGAGCGCAGCGGCAAAGAAGCCCGCCGCUAAGAAAUCUCCCAAGAAGGCCAAGAAACCUGCCGCUGCAGCCGCUAAGAAGGCGACAAAGAGCCCCAAGAAAGGCAAAGAAGACGGCAGCCCCAAGAAAGCAGCCAAGAGCCCCAAAAAAGCCAAGACUGCCAAACCCAAGGCAGCAAAGCCUAAAGCUGCAAAGCCCAAAAAGGCAGCUCCCAAGAAGAAAUAAAUAUCUACUGUUUUAUUCCCCAAAGGCUCUUUUCAGAGCCACCCACUUAACUCUAAAGAAAGAGCAAAAGAAAGCCCUGCAGUUUGACUAUUGUGGAAGUAAAUUUCUGUAUGAGUGCAUUUGAGUUUACCUCGACUCGCAAUGUUAUACAU